GCGUUGAAGAACAACAAAGAAGCAAGCAAGCAAGCACGGAGUCAAAUAAUUUGACGGUUUGGGAGAAAAAGAAUAGUUACAAUUUUGAAAUUGAAUUCAAGUCCCACCCACGUACUACUACUACUACUCUACUCUAGUGCAUCUGAUUGAUUGCUAAAUUUCUGAUUUGCCCCAAAAAGAGAGAGAGAAAAAAAAAGAAUAUCCUCUCUGAACUCAACACAAGUCGUGUUUUGAAAUUCAGAAUCCGAUCCUCCUCCUCAAUCAACAUGAGUAGUGGUGUUGAUCAACCUCCUCCUCAAUCUCAACCUGAAACUCAAACCCCACAUCAUGUUCAAGUCCAACCCACCAAUAUCAAACCCGAAAACUCUGCCUCUCACACCGCUGAUUACGCUCCAUAUCCCAAACUUGACCCAAACGACGUCGUUCCACCACCUCAACCUGCUGCUGCAACUCAAUCUCGUGCCACCGAUGCUGCCACCACUAUGCCCGCCGAAUCUAAUCCCUAUGUCUCUCCGGCGCCUGUUUCCGCUCCCACAUCUGCUAAGAAUACUUUAGAUUCGGUGAAAGAUGUUCUUGGAAAAUGGGGAAAGAAAGCUGCUGAAGCUACCAAGAAAGCUGAAGAUCUUGCUGGAAAUAUGUGGCAGCACUUGAAAACGGGUCCUAGUUUUGCUGAUGCUGCUGUGGGGAGGAUUGCUCAGGGGACCAAAGUUCUUGCAGAAGGUGGCUAUGAGAAGAUCUUUAGACAAUCUUUUGAGACUGUGCCAGAAGAACAACUUCUUAAAACAUAUGCAUGCUACCUCUCCACUUCUGCUGGACCUGUCAUGGGAGUCUUGUAUUUGUCAACUGCAAAGCUCGCUUUUUGUAGUGAUAACCCACUUUCUUAUCAAACCGGUGACCAGACUCAAUGGAGCUAUUAUAAGGUGGUCAUUCCAUUGCAUCAGCUGAGAGCAGUGAACCCAUCCACAAGCAAAGCCAACGCGUCCGAAAAAUUUAUACAGAUUAUCUCCGUUGACAACCAUGAAUUUUGGUUUAUGGGCUUUGUGUACUAUGACAACGCUGUUAAACAUAUCCAAGAAGCAUUGCAGUCUCGCUGAUACACGUUGGACUGAAAAACAUCAUGUAUUAUACCAAAUUCGAAGUCUGUGUUGAUAAAUGUUUCUCAAUUCACAAAAUCAUGAAACAUUUUAUCUUUUUACUGUAGUUUGUGGAGCUGUUAUAGUAUUGUGAUCAAAACUUGAUCGUUGUGUUUUACAUGUGUGACAUCAUAUUAUUACAUUCUAAAUGUUGAAGUUGAUUGAUUUGUUGUAAGUUCAA